CAAAACAACAACAACCAGAUUCAGCUGAGGAGGAUUCCAGUGUAUCUUAGAGAGCAGUGAAGGAUGGAUUCUACAGAAGAGAGUGAAAUGAUUAAAAUCUUACUUCAAUAUCAACAUGGAUUUUUUAUCUCAAAAGUUCUGCUUACUGCCUCUGAGUUGGGAGUGUUUGAUCUUCUGUUAGAAUCAGGAGAAUCCCAAACAUCCACAAUGAUUGCUGAACGCCUAAAUACCAGCCCUAUUGGAAUGGAGAGACUGCUGGAGACCUGUGUGGGUUUGAAACUCUUAAGAAUGGAGAGAAAAGGUGACAAAGAUUAUUUUGGAAACACAAAAUUUGCCAAUCUCUUCCUUGCUAAAUCAAGCCCAAAGUCUCAAUACAAUUACUUGAAGUUAUUUUCUGAAAUAGGCUAUUCAAGCUUUCAGUAUUUGACAGAUGCUGUGAGGGAAGGAAAAAACCAGCUGGAAUCAAUACAUGGUCCUUCAACAAAAGAUUUUUUUCAGGCUAUGUACAGCUCAGAGGAAAAGAUAGAAAAAUACUUCAGUGCCUUGGGUAAUACUUGGAGUCUGUUUGGUAGAGAAGUGGUGUCUGCAUUUGAUCUUUCUCAUUUCCCAACCAUUUAUGAUCUGGGAGGAGGUAGUGGUGUCUUAGCCAAAGAGUGUACUUCAUUGUAUCCAAAUUCUACUGUGACUAUUUUUGACCUACCUCAAGUAGUGGAAAGAGCAAAUAAGCAUUUUGUGGCCUCAAAGGAACACCGCAUUACUUUCCAGGAAGGGAAUUUUUUUAAGGAUCCAGUUCUGAAGCUGACUUGUACCUUCUGGCUAGAGUCCUGUACUUCUGGGAUGAGAAAAGUGUGUGCAGUUGUUUACAAAACUUCACAAAGCCUGCAAACCAGGUGGUGGAGUGUUGAUAGCUGAAGCGGUUUUCUUAAUGACGACAAAAGCUGGUCCCA